AUGUUUGAAGCAACUUUUGCUAAAGCAUUAUUGUUUAAACAUGUCAUUGAAGCAACAAGAGAGCUUGUUGCUGAUAUUAACAUUAAGUUUACAAGAUCUGACAUUAACUUUACAAGCAUGGAUUCAUUACACAUCACACUCAUCUCUGUUUAUCUUAAUAAAGAAAGGUUCAAAAGACAUCUCUAA